UGGACGAGCCUCGCGCUCCGAGCGAGCAGCGGCUCUGGUGUGUGAUGUGUCAGGUAGGAUGUAGGUUAGACGCCCGACCGCUGGCCCCUUUUCACUGUCUUAAGUGCCUUAGAAGUACAUUGUCGGAUAGCAGAACCGGGGAAAUUCAGCUGUCACGAAAAUGCAACGGCUUCUGAUGAAGAGGAAGAACGUGGCUCUGGCAGCGCUGCUCUUCAUCACCGCACUGUACUUCAUAAAUCAUUCAGACUUCCUCGCAACUGACUUGGUGAAAUCACAUGAUACAGCUCCAGCAGAGUUAACCUGGCAAGGGGAUAGGCUGAUCAAUAAAGAGUGCUGGGUUGAACAGAUGGAUUACCUGCCUAUCAACGUGUCCUAUCAGCUGCUGGCCGGAGCGCCAGCUUCUCAUCAGAGGUUUUUAACAGUGGGAUUAUCAUCAGUUAAGAGGACGAAGGGCAGCUACCUUGUCCCCACGCUACGGUCCCUCUUCUCUCAGUCGUCUCCCGAAGAGCGCUCCUCCAUGGUUGUGGUGGUGCUGCUAGCAGAGUUUGACGUUACCUGGAGAAGCUCUACCGUGAGCGAGAUCAAGACAGCAUUUGCACCAGAGCUGGAACAAGGCCAGCUUGUGGUGAUCCACGUCCCUGAGGACUGGUACCCACCUCUUACAGGUAUUAAGAGGAAUUACAACGAUGCUCCUGAACGCGUAAGUUUCCGCUCAAAGCAGAACGUGGACUAUUCCUUCUUGAUUUACUACAGUGCAGGUCUUGGGAAGUACUACCUCCAGGUGGAAGAUGACAUCUCUGCUGCAAAAAACUUCCUCACCACCAUUAAGAAACGCAUCGAGGAGCAAAAUGCAAAAAAACCUAACUGGGCAGUGUUGGAAUUUUCAUAUCUCGGCUACAUUGGCAAACUUUACAAGUCAACCCAAAUUCCCCUACUGGCCCGCUUCCUCUUCCUCUUCUACCAGGAAAUGCCUUGCGACUGGUUAAUGAGCCACUUCAGAGAGGCAAUGACUCAGAAAGAACAGAUUCUCUUCAAGCCGUCCUUGUUCCAACACAUGGGGACCUUUUCCUCAUUCAAGGGGACGCAUAACAAGCUUAAGGACCAGUUCUUUGAGGAAGGUGUGUACUCUAAUCCUUCUGCUGUGGUUUACUCUGAUAUGUCAACGUACAAAAAACACUCUCCCCAGAUGGCGUGGGAUGCCGGGGAGGGAUUCUUCUGGGGGCGUUCCCCAGAAAAAGGAAAUUACCUGACUGUCGUGUUUUUAGAACCAACUGUGGUCACAGGGAUAUAUGUGGAGACGGGAUCGAAGGAGAAAGACCUGCUGAGUUCUGCUCAGGUGGAGAUAGGCCAUGGUGUGAUCACUACUGAGACAGCAAAGAGUUGUAAAACAUUCCAGUCGAUGGGGGCGAUGGAGAACGGUAGGUUUGAGAGGCAAGAAAUUGACAUAAAAUAUAGUAUUCCUUCUUCAUGCCUGAGGAUUCUAGUCACAGCCGAACAGAAGGACUGGGUUGUCAUUCAGAAAAUCAGGAUCACAACAAAGCCGAGUGCGUCCUCGAACCACAGAUAGGUGUUAAUUUGUCUCACUGCCUUAUUCAGGGUUAACUUUCUGAUCUGCUGGACCAUGUGUGCAAAUGAAUGAUUGUAAUCAUUGUGCCUUGUUGAACUGUUUCUGCAUUGAAAUAGCCUCGGUGACGCUGUCGAUCUGGAGACGUUCAACCACACUACGUCAUACUGCAUUGUCUUUCCAGAGACAAAGAGAAUUGAUUGAUAUCAGCCAUAAACAUGCAAGCAAACGCAUGGCAUGUUCUUUUUUAAAAACUUUUAUUGUGAAACUGGUGUGCCUUCUUUUUUGGUGGUGAGAUUAAUGCUCCGGUGUUGAUGACAAGCAGAACCCAUACAGUCACUUGUGUUCUUGUUUUUGUUUGUAUAAUUGAUUUCUGUUUUAUACUAUAUUCCCUAUUAUUCCUCCUCCAAAUGUCAGACUUCUGAACUAUCUGGUACGUCAGAGAUUUUCCAUACAGGCUUCCAAGACUUUUACACAUGUGUAUCCAUGCUGUUCAUUUCUGCAGCGUACUCACUUUGUUUGUUUCCCUCGUCAGCUCUGGCUAAUCUAAAAGCAUUGCUACCUCAGAUAUUUAAAACUUUGUGUGUGAACAUGUUAGAUGGGGGUUGUAGUGGCCAUUUCUUUGUUUUUAAAAUUUCUGCAAUGCACCUUGAAUCAUCCAAAUAAAUUGUCUAUUGAACUUUAA